CUACGUAGGCGCGCGGGCGGCGCGGAGGCGCGAGGUUGCUGGGCCCGGGCAGGGCGACGCGCGCUCCCUCGCUGGCCGGGCGGUGGGCCCGCCCGGGGCGGGCUGGGAUGGUGCCACCUCCGCCUUCCGCCCGGCUACUUGUCCUGGCCGCCCUGGUGGGGCUCGUGGGUGCUAGCGAGGUGGUGACUGGGCCGGCGGAGGUGGGAGCCCGUUGUCCUGAGGGCCCGUGGCCUCUGCCCCCACAGGUGUCACCAAGAGUGACCUACACACGGAGGAGCCCGGGUCAGACUGAGGAUGUCAGCUUCCUCUACCACCCCUGUGUCCACCCUUGGCUGAAACUCCAGCUUGCUCUCCUGGCCCACGUUUGUGUUGCCCGGCCCUCACUGGCCCCUGACUCCCGCCUCACCCAGGAUCGGCCCCUGGUACUGAUGGCCUGGGGGGUAGUGCUGGAGAUGGCCUGGGUAGAGCCAGCCUGGGCUGUCUGCUGGCUAAAGAGGCAGCUGCGGAGGAAGAAGAAAGCCUGGCUCCGUUCUGACAACCUUUCUGGGCCUUCUCCCUUGGUGCCACUGCUAGGCACAAGGAGGCUGUGCCAAAGAGGGUGUGUGCAGGCCCCAGCUUUGGCCUUUGCUCUGUGGAGCUGGUGGAGGCUAGGUGCAGAGGUUGCAUCUAGAAGGUCAAAGCAGCCCUCUCCAGGUGGUGCCAAGAGGCGGGGCCUGCGGGCUGCCCUUGGUCUCCAGCCCACCCCCGCAGCCCUGAGGCUUCCUUCUGCUUCCCCAAGGAGUGUGGAGGCCAGUUUCCCGGGUGAGGGGGGGAAUGUCCUGUCAGUGCCCACUGCUCCCCUGCUACCUGGGGAGCUUGGAGGUAGUGCCAGCGCCAAGACAGAGGCUCAAGCAACCCGCCAGCAGGGCAGCCCCGGGGGCUGUACCUGUCCAAGCAAGGCUCCUUCGGCCCCUCGGGCCGCAACGCCGCCGCGGGCAGCCCGGGGCCCCACCCCGCGCACAGAAGAGGCAGCCUGGGCCGCCAUGGCUCUGACCUUCCUGUUGGUGCUGCUCACCCUGGCCACGCUCUGCACGCGCCUGCAUCGGAACUUCCGACGCGGAGAGAGCAUCUACUGGGGGCUCCCGGCGGAGAGCCAGGACACGGUGGCUGCUGUGCUCAAGCGGAGGCUGCUGAUGCCCCCGCGCCGGGUUAAACGCUCGCGGCGGAGACCCCUCCUCCCGCCCACGCCUGACAGCGGCGCGGAGAGAGACAGCUCGGACUGACCUCACCCGGCCCCGCCCCCACUGGGAGGGCCCGACCUCUGCCACGUGGGCCGCGCGCAGGCGCGCCCCCUGGUGGCCGGAUGCAGCCGCCUUGCCUAAGGAUCGCAAAGGCUUUGUUCCUUGUUGGCGGGAGGGGGCCGUUUCCCUCUAUUUCUAAUUAAAUUAUUUUAGUAGA